AUGGUAGAAACAGGUCUUCCCGAAGGAUGGGAGGUUCGCCAUUCCAACUCCAAGAACCUUCCAUACUACUUCAAUCCUUCGACCAAGGAGUCCCGAUGGGAACCACCCGCCGGCACAGAUACCGAGUUGCUGAAGGUCUAUAUGGCAGACUACCACAGCGCCCCCGCCGGGCGGCCUGAUGGCACAGGCCAGGGUGAGGGCAAGAUCCGUUGCAGUCACCUCUUGAUCAAGCAUAGAGACAGUAGACGACCAAGCAGCUGGAGGGAGGCGGAUAUCACCCGAUCGAAGGAGGAAGCCAUCGAGAUCCUUCGGGGCCAUGAACAACGCAUCCGCUCGGGUGAAGUUAGCUUGGGCGAUAUCGCAGUCUCGGAGUCGGAUUGUAGCAGUGCCAGGAAGAAGGGCGACCUUGGGUUCUUCGGCCGUGGCGAGAUGCAAAAGGAAUUCGAGGAGGCAGCCUUUGCACUGCAACCAGGUCAGGUCAGCGGCAUUGUUGAGACGGCAUCUGGAGUCCACCUUAUUGAACGCGUUCAGUGA